CUCAAUACAACACACUGACACGGAGGGAGUACACAGGGACCGCACUGCACACACACAAAUAGUUUUGGAGAGGCUGAAGCAGAGGGGCACAAGUGCAGAUGAAAAGAGCUCACAAAAACUACUUCUCCAAACUCUGAUACAACUACCAGACCUCCGUAAUAAAGAUGAGUGGACAGAAGCUGUGCGUACUGCUGGUCGCUAUGGCACUGCUGAUGCUAACGGCGAUGGCGGCUGAAGGUGGCAAAGCUGAAAAAACAGGUGACAAACCACGGAAGCGCAGGUCUGACUGUGGGGAGUGGCAGUGGAGCGUGUGUGUGGCCAAUGUGGGUGACUGUGGACUGGGCACCAGAGAGGGCACCCGCACUGGCACCGACUGCAAACAGACCAUCAAGACCCAGCGCUGCAAGAUCCCCUGCAACUGGAAGAAGAAGUUUGGAGGGGAAUGCAAGUACGAGUUUGACACGUGGGGGGAGUGCGAUCUGGCAACGGGGAAGAAGAACAGGACAGGGGUGCUCAAAAAGGCGCUCAUGGAUGCAACCUGUGCUGCGACGGUUACAGCCACCAAGCCUUGUGGGAAAAUCCCCAAGACCAAGCUGCAAGAUGCCAAGAAGCAAAAGAAGGAGGGAAAGAAGCGAGACCGUGCUCAAAUGGACUAAUGCCUCUGAUACGACCUGUUACACCUGUUAUACUCAUCUUUGUAUAUUCUGUAGUGAUGGUAGAAGUUUAUAGGCAUUUGUCAAAGUAGUGUGUAAUCCUUAGUACAAAUAGUGUGUACAUGAGAGAACAUGAACCAGUGCUAAUUGUGCUUCUUUCCCUUUCUUAAGGGAUUGGUUUUACCGCUGCCUGACUUUAAUUCCACAAAUUCUUUGUUCUAUAGCACAACUUAAUGAAGCAGUUUGCUCAAACUGAAAAACCUUUCAAUGCUUACAUUUCGUAUGUAAACACACAAUAAUGGAUUGUUUUACAUUGGGGUUUAAUCAUUUCUCUGCAUGGAAUAACUUCUGAAAUAACUGCUCUUGUGCUGCCUCUGCAUUUUUGUACCUCAGUUUAUUUGUACUGACCCAGUCCUCACACUCGGGUGUAAAAUAUUAAGAUCUGUUUCACUGUGGCCCUCAUCUUUAUUACCUGUUAAAUCUAAUAAAGUGGUGUAGACA